AUGGUGACUCAGGCCGCUUCACAAGAGUGGACUCAGAGCCUCUGCAUGGGUUUUGAAAGGAAGGUGACCAUUGCCUUCUGUGAUAUUUUCUUGCAUACACCUCAGCUAGCCUGUAAAGCAGCUCUCCUGCUCACUGUUAUGUCCACACCACUGGAGGACGCAAUGGACACCUUGAUCAGGAUUUUCCAUCACUACUCUGGCAAAGAAGGAGACAGAUACAAGCUCAGUAAAGGAGAACUCAAGGAGCUCCUCACCAAUGAGCUCACUGACUUCCUUUCAGGCCAAAAGGACCCCCUUCUGGUUGAUAAGAUUAUGAAAGAUCUGGACUCCAAUAAAGACAAUGAAGUGGAUUUUAAUGAAUUUGUCAUUCUGGUUGCUGCUUUGACUGUGGCAUGUAAUGAUUUCUUCGAGGAACAGCUAAAGAAAGAGGGAUUUUAAAAAUGCUCAAUACAAUCAAUCUCCCGGCCACAAAUGCGAGCAAAGCAUGCCGAGUUAGGUAGCCCUCAUCAGCGUUUAGUGAAUGCAAACCAUCGUCUCUCCAGCUGUUACUGCUGUAAGAUACUUACGGAGCAGAUCAGCAGCUGAUGUAAGCUGGGCCAAAGCCAGUUUACACCACUUGAGGUCUGGCUUUUAAUAUUAUCAGUCUUUGCACUGCAUGCAUCUGUAACAUGCAUUCAUCAGUUGCCCAGGUCAAGGAUUUAGGGUGGCAGAUCAUUUGGCAGGAGUUGAUCCUUCUAUUUCUUAAAUGUCAGUGGGAAGUAAAAGGUGCAGGAAUGUUCUUAUAUACUUUCUGAAUUGGAAGAUUUGGAAUGAGACAUCAGACUUGCAAUUUAGUUUUCAGUCAUUCUGUAACAACCAUAUUUUUGCAGCUCAAAAAGAGCAGCUUGUUUUUUGCUCAGCUCUGCUUAUUCUACAGCCCUUUUUAGAUGCUGCUCUGUACCUUCCCACACUCUCAUAUUUCGGACGUCUUCACAGCUGUCUCCUGCUGCCUGAGCAGACAGUACCACUUGCCAUUGUUAUAGGUUCAUUUCCCCCACCUCCCCAGCUUCAAUUUUGUUGUGUUGGCAUUACUACAUCCCAGUAGUCCACCUCUUCAUUUGGCAUAAAUGAAGUUAUUCAUAUGGUAAAUUAUUCAAAUACAUAGAAGAUUUAGUCAGCAAAGUGAUCUGAGGGCUGAUGGAAGGACUGGGUCUCCAGGGAAAAUGUAAAUGCCUUCUGUUUUCACUAUUCUGGCACCCUUAAGAGGACAGCUUUUAGAGGACCACUUGUGGGGGAUUUAAUGACAGGAUCCUGGGUACAGCUUUGUAAUGUGAGUCAUCUUAUGGAACAAUGAUUUCAUCUCACACUGAUCCAACCCACUGCAUGGAAGAGGUGCAAAAGGAGCAGCAGGACCCCAUGGCCAGGCGUGGAGAGAGUAGGACAAUCCCUUUCAGUGCUAACCUGCUCUUGGGUUGCAUUAAGAGUACUUCUACACUCCUGUUCAAACUAAGCAUACUUCCAAAGCCCUGCAAAUCCUCAGCGGCAGGGUGUCAUGGCUUUUUUCUUGCAUGGAGAGCUCUCUUUGUUCCUUGUUAUUUUGUUGGUAACUUCAAACUAUAA